AUGGCUACUCCCAACCAGCAGCCCUCCUUCCGAUGUGACUCGCCUCCUCCGGACACGCUCCCUACUCCCGCCAUCGGCGCCUGUCCUGAGCUCUCCCGCUGUGUCUCAACCACCUCGUCCUGGUCUCACGGCUCCAGCAAUGAUGCCACGUCUCGCGACUCCCUGGGCAGUCAGGCCCUCCACCGCCACUCCUCUGCCACCUUUCCGUCCCGUCGCGUUGAGCUCCCGCCCAACCCUCGCCACUCUAGUUACAGCCUCGAUGGCAGAACCCGCCGCCGUGGAUACAUGCGGCCCCAGGGCACUGACUUCGCCGCCAGUGCCCGGUCGCGUGAGAGCGUCAUGAGCCUCGGAAGUAUUGCACAUUUGCAGUACUACUUUGCUCGGACUGGCCUCCUUGAUGGCAAGGGUGGACAGUUGGCUCGCAAGAAGCAGAAACAGAGGGGCGCCUUGGAUCUCUCUGCUUUGGACACUUCUGGUGCCACACCAAAGAUCGUCGGCUCUGACUACGACUCCACCUAUGCCUCUACGGGGAGCAGCCCUGACUUCGGCGCUCAAGGAUUCGGGGUCGGCGGCAUCGUGGAAUCACCCGUCGAGGACAUGAAUGAUUAUUACGACGACUUUCCAGAGACGGAUUCCAGCAUGCUGCCUCCUACUGUGAGCACAUACCACCACAGGGAACAGCCAAUUGUUAAGCCACCAUCCAUGCUGGAGCUCAAGGCAGAACUUGAGCAAUGCCUGCACGAUGCAUCUGCCGCGUUGGGCGAAGCCAAGCAGCAGAAGGAGGGCACCUAUAAACCCUCGGACACUCCUCGAUUCCCCAACAUGCCCGAGGCAAACACCCAAGGAUGGUUUGAACUCCAGGGUAUGAAUAUCCUCGAUGUUGUCACCCUUGCCAUCCGGGCAGCCAAGAUUUACUACACGGCGCACGACCUUCCCGACCGGCUGGACGCGAUCAAAUCUGAGAAGCAGAUCCGAGCUGAUCUUUUGGCUGUCAUGGAGGUUCUGAAGCAGAUGGCGACGCGCAAUUUCAAAGACGGUAUGAAGGAAGAAGAGAUCAAGACAAUGGUCUCCUGGAUUGAGAGCGUGUUUGACAUCCUGAAGCAAGAGCAGGAGAUUGAGGACGCAGAGAGUGCGGAGAGAGAGACUUGGGAAUGGCUGCACGGCGACUGGACCGGCCGAGAGCUGGAGCGUGAACGGGCAUUCCUCAUGUCAAUGGACCCGGAUGCCGAACCGCUUCCCGAGUGGACUCCGGUCUCCGAGGCGGCUGAGAUUCCGACACCAUUUCUCCAGACCUUCCAGAAUGGUCUGCGUCUAGUGAAGCUUCAUAAUGCCGUGGUCAAGAAGUCACGACGGCGUUUCGGCACCAUCCCGACUUUCCACACCGACACCCAGAAGCCCUACCGGUCCGCCGACAACCUGCGCUACUGGGCCAAGGCAGCCGAGCUGCGAUUCGAGGUUUUUCUCACUGUUGAUGCCCUCGGAAUCGUCUACAACAGCGGCCCCCAGGCCUGGAUAGACUUCGAGGCGGCCCUCCUCAAAUGGUGUCACGACGUGCGCGAGGAGAUCACCAGAGAACUAGAGAAGUGA